GGGGGAGGGGAGGCGGGGAAGGCGGCCCCGUGGGCCUCCGGAGUGUGUGUGUGUGUCUGUGUCUGUGUCAGUGCGUGUGUGUGUAUGUGUGUCUGGCGCCUGUCCAGGGUGAUUCCAGUAAACCACAUGCCUUACAAGCUUAAAAGGCUCUGCCGAGGGUUGGCCAGUGAAGCUCGGCCCCGGGGAAAGUGAAAGUUUGCCUGGGUCCUCUCCGCGCUGCUACCGCGCUCUCUGCAUCCCGGGACAGCGGCGCGGCCUCGGCCGGGGCGCCGAUUCUGUAGCGGCCACCGGUAGAGCCAGCGAGGGCGGCCGCCGCGCCCGGUCGGGACACAGCUGCCCGUAUGACCGCGCCGGGCGCCGCCGGGCGCUGCCCUCCCACGACAUGGCUGGGACGCCUGCUGUUGGUCUGUCUCCUGGUGAGAGGGAGUGUUACCGCAGGGGUGUCGGAGCACUGUAGCCACAUGAUUGGGAAUGGACACCUGCAGUCUCUGCAGCAGCUGAUUGAUAGUCAGAUGGAGACCUCGUGCCAAAUUGCCUUUGAAUUUGUAGACCAGGAGCAGUUGAAAGAUCCGGUGUGCUACCUUAAGAAGGCAUUUCUCUUGGUACAAGACAUAAUGGAUGACACCAUGCGCUUCAAAGACAAUACCCCCAGUGCCAAUGCGAUUGUGCAGCUGCAGGAACUUUCUUUGAGGCUGAAGAGCUGCUUCACCAAGGAUUAUGAAGAGCAUGACAAGGGCUGUGUACGAACUUUCAAUGAGACACCUCUACAGUUGCUAGAGAAGAUCAAGAAUGUUUUUAAUGAGACAAAGAAUCUCCUUACAAAGGACUGGAACAUUUUCAGCAAGAACUGCAGCAACAACUUUGCUAAAUGCUCCAGCCAAGAUAUGGUGACCAAGCCUGAUUGCAACUGCCUGUACCCCAAAGCCACCCCUAGCAGUGACCUGGCCUCUGUCUCCCCUCACCAGCCCCUCGCCCCUUCCAUGGCCCCUAUGGCUGGCUUGAGUUGGGCUGACUCUAAGGGGACAGAGGGCAACUCUCUCUUGCCCACUGAGAAGCCCCUCCGCACAGUGGACCCAGGCAGUGCCAAGCAGAGACCACCCAGGAGCACCUGUCAGAGCCUUGAGUUGCCAGAGACCCCAGGCGUCCAGGACAGCACCUCUGGUGAUCCACCACAGUCUCAGCCCUCUGUCGGGACCUCCACCUCUGGAACAGAAGACAUUCUUGACUCUGUGCUGGGCCUUAACUGGGCCCUAGAAGAGGCUUCUGGAGAGGAUGGUGAGGGUCCUCCCGCCUCUAGGCCAGAAGGGCACAGCGUUCAGGCAGAGACUGCCAGACCCAGCGACCUCUCAGCACCUUCUCCACUCCCUGCAUCCACCAAGGACCAACAGCCGGCAGGUGUAGAUGGUACCACCUUGCCCAAAGCGAGCCCUGUGAGGCACACCUGGGCCUGGAAUCACACCCCUGAGAAGACAGAUGGUUCAUCUGCCCUACCUGAAAACCCAGAGGAACUGAGAUCCCCCAGGACCUCAUCUCUGCGACACCAAGGCCUCAGCAGCCUCUCCAUGCUCCCUUCUCAGCCAAGGCUUCCUGGAACCCACUUUGGGGACAGUGUGCUUCCCCAUGGGGGCCUGGAGGGCAGGAGGAGCACCAGGGACCGGAGGAGCCCCACAGAGCUGGAAGGAGGAGGAGCAAGUGAGAGGGCGGCCUGGCCCCUGGCCCGUUUUAACUCCGUUCCUUUGACUGACACAGGCAGUGAGAGGCAGCCCGUGGGAUCCUCCAGCCCCCAACUCCGCGGGUUUGCCUUCCGCCUGCUGGUGCCCAGCAUCAUCCUGGUUUUGCUGGCUGUCGGUGGCCUCCUGUUCUACAGGCGGAGGCGGCGGAACCAUCAAGAGCCUCAGACAGUAGAUUCUCCCUUGGAGCAGCCAGAGGGCAGUCCCCUGACCCAGGAUGAGGACAGACAAGUGGAACUGCCUGUAUAGAGGGAAUUCUAAGCUGGGCACACAGGACAGUCUCUCCAUGGGAGGAGACAUUAUGGGGGUGUUCACAACUACCCCUCCCCCACCAUCCUCCUGGAAUGUGGUCUGCCUACCACCAGAGCUCCUGCUGCCAGGACUGGACCAGAGCAGCCAGGCGGGUCACUCUGCCUCCACCCUCAGACCCUCGACAGACUGAGAGAGGGCCGGAGGCUGCCCUCCACACUGCCACUAUUUAUUGUGGGCCCUGGAGGCCCCCAUGUGCUUUAGAAAGUCUGGCAAGUCCAGCUCAGGAUCCUCUCCCCUCAGGGGCUACACCGCCUCUCACUCCCCUCCACAUCAGCACCUGGGCACGUCAGAGAGCAGGGUGGGCGUUGAGGAGUGGAAGAGCCCUGUGCCAGAGGGCCCACCUGGUGCCACAGGAUCCCGGUGUGGACAAGCAGGGACCUGUCUCCAGAGGGAGGAGCCUGAGAUUCUCAGGGUGGGACGGCGUCAGCCUGAUUUCCUGUAAAGGCAUGCAGCCCGAGAAACGAGAAGAGGAGGCCUCUGGGCCUCGGUCUGCACUGACAGCCAGAAGGAGGUCUACACCCUCUGCUCACCUCAGUGCUCUCUGCCAGUUGCCUGGAGUAAAGGGGAGGCUGGACCUGCCUGACCUGCCCAUGAUGCCAAGAAGAGGACCAAACCCUGGCCUCCACCCUGUAUCCCUCCAGCCAGAGCUUCUCCAAGAGGCCAGGGAGAGGCUCCCCUCAUGAAGGAAGCCAUUGCACUGUGAACACUGAACCUGCCUGCUGAACGGCCUGCCCCGUCCAUGCUGGGAGCAAGCAUUCGUCCGUCCACUUACCCUCCAGCCUCUCUCUAGCUUCCGGCACUGAGCUGGCCUCACCCGGCAGCUGAGGAAGCCCUCAGCCUUGACCUUCUCCUGACCUGCCCUUUGACUCCCCGGGGUGGAGUGGGGUGGGAGAACUUCCCGGGCUGCCAGCCAGAGCCGGUCUUUAGGCUGUGUUGUGUGCCCAGGUUUCUGCAUCCUGCACUUCCCGCGAGGGACGUACUAGUGGGGGACAUGGUGGGGGAAGGGCAGGGCAGGAAGCUGCAGGGUGAGCUCUGACUGAAAAUGGGUCUUUGAAAUAUGGGUAUGCCCCUAAGGUUGGGAAGUGUCUGAGUCCCCAGAACCCGCAACCCAGUCUCCUUUCCCUGCUGCCAGCAGGUCCUAGGGCUGAGCAGGUUGUUCCUGUCAGGAGCCCAUCUGCGUGGUGCCCAGCUCCCAUCUUCUCACCCUUCUUUCUCCCUGACCCCAGUUGGCAAUGAUACCUUCCACAUCUCACCCCCCUGGCUUCCCACUGCUACCACGUCUGACCAGGCCAGGGAGAGGGGCCUGGAGAGGGGCCAAGAGGUCCAGGCUUUGGCUUCCUUCCAAUUGCUCUGAAGCCUGAGCAAUGGGUGACAGGGCUGUCAGUUGCCCCUUGUCCCUUUCUGCUGCUGUGUCCCUCCUCUCCUGCCACCCUGUGCCCUCCACUGAGACACUCUGCCUUACCUGGUCUCUGGGCCCAUGACCUUUUCACCUCCAGCCCAAGAAGUGAGGGUCCACUGGCCCCAUCUGUCCUGUCCUGAUGCUGGCAGCUGAGGAAAGGGCAGUGGAGAUUUUGAUGUGGAGCUAGUCCUUCUAGUCACAGACUCUAUUUGAUGCUAGAGAACAUAUAUUUGAAAAUGGAAGGAAAAACAAAACCAAAAAAAAGGCAUUCCUCCCCAACCCUUCUCCCCUAAACAUAUAGUAUUUUACAGGUCAAAAAAGCAAAGCCAACCCAUUGCAGAACUUCUUUGUGGGCACUUGGUGACAUCAGAGCAGGGGGAGCCCCAGAGCCACCUCUGGAUGUCUCCCCAGGCUACCUGCACAGGAAGCCCUUCUGUUCUCUGAGGAAGCUGAGAAAGAGUAUUGGCUCACGUACUGUGAGAUUUUGUUUUUAUACUUGGAAAUGGUGAAUUAUUUUAUAUAAAGUCAUUUAAAUAUCUAUUUAAAAAAUAGGAAGCUGCUUAUAUAUUUAAUAAUAAAAGAAGUGCAUAAACUGC